AACGGCCAGUCCCUGGUGGCCCUGGACAAGCACUGGCACCUGGGCCGCUUCAAGUGCAAGACCUGCGGGAAGGAGCUGAAUGCCGAGUACAUCAGCAAGGACGGGCCGCCCUACUGCGAGGCCGACCACCACGCGGAGUUCGGCCUCUGCCGUGACGGCUGCGAGAAGCACAUCGCGGGGCACGUGCCGGAGGCGGCGAGAAGCACUCCCACCCGCUCUGCGCGCUCCUGGCCGGCGCGGCCGGAUGUUCGCCGAGGGCGAGGAGAUGUACCUCCAAGGCUCCUCCAUCUGGCACUCCGCCUGCUGACAAGCAGCCAGGACGGAGGACAAGAGCAAGGAGACCAGGACGUCCUCCGAGAGCAUCAUCUCCGUGCCUGCGUCCAGCACCGCGGGCUCCCCCAGCCGCGUCAUCUACGCCAGGCUGGGGGACGAGAUCCUGGACUCCAGGGACCUGGCUGCCCUGCCCAAGAGCAAGGCCAUCUACAACAUCCACCGCCCCGACAGGAUCUCCUACUCGCCCUACGUCAGCCACGCGGGGGACCGGCCGAGCGGCCUGGAGGGAGACCAGGACGACCGCUCCUCCCGGCAGUGCCGCACCUCCAGCCCCAGCUCCGCCCGGUCGGCCAGCCUCGGGCGCUACACCCAGACCUCGCGGUCGCCCCAGCACUACAGCCGGCCAGGCAGCGAAAGCGGCCGGAGCACCCCAGGCUCUCGGUGCUGUCCGACGGCAGGCCGCCCGCCACCUACCAGCAGGCGCAGCGCCACUUCCACGUGCCAGACCCCGGCGUCAAAGGUAACAUCUACCGGGAGCCCCCCAUCUACAAGCAGCACGCCUCGAGGCGCCCGGACGGGGAGGACAGCGGUUCCGACCAGGAUGGCAGGAAGCAGAAGGGCAGCUGGCUGAUCCUCCAGGGGGACGCGGACACCAGGACCAACUCGCUGUCCCACAGCAGCGGGGCCCACCGAGACCCUCUCCCCACGGGCCCGGGAGCCAGCUUCUACUCACGGUUCCCCUGUUCCAAAUCUGACCCUCUCCGACACGGAGAGAAGGGCCUGGACCACCGGAACGCCAAUCUGGCGCCUUGUGGAGCAGACCGCCCGGAUGCCAGCUGGGGCACGAGAGAAUAUAAGGUCUGUCCCUAUGACCCCCUCAUCGUCACAAACCGAAUCCGAGUGAAGCUGCCCAAAGACGUGGACCGGACGAGACUAGAGAGACACCUGCCACCCGCGGGGUUCCAGGCGGUGUUCUGCAUGAGCGUGGAGGAGUUGGACCGCCUGGCGCUCUGGGAGAGGAAGGACCUCAAGAAGAAGGCCCUGCUGUUCCUGAUGGCGCCGCACCCGCCCCGCGCCGAGGGAGGCCGCUGGCCCCGCUCCUCUGUGCCCACCGGGCCGGCGGGCACCUGGGUGGGCGGGGCCGAGGGUGAGGCGGGAGCAGGUCCCACAGCGCAGCCCUGCGCCUGAGACCCUCCUGCCUGCAGCCCAGGCCCUGGCGCCCGGCUGAGCACCGCCCUCCCCCGGGGUGCUGGCACCAGGAGAUGCUGCAGAGCGGCUGCCCCCGGGGAGGGCGGGCAUCUAGACAGCACGCCCACCUCCCCAGCCCUGGGGGCACCGAGGGGACCAGGACUGGGAUCCGAGGAGGCUUGUCAGGGACAGGCCCGGGCACCAUCCCCAGCGGGGGUACCGGCCUCAGUGUCCUCUGGCCCCGGAGCGCACUGGCUCGUGGCCUGCAGCCGGGGGCCCGGGGCGGUGCCAAGUGCGGGGUGACGAGCGUGGCCGCUGAUUGGGGCACAGGGUCCUCCUCCAGGCCCAAGGGCCCUGCUCAGCUCUCCCACGCCAGCCCCCAGAUGCCUACAGGACAUCCUAGAAUAACAGAGAGCUUUAUUUUACUAAGAAGCGCGGCCUGCGGGCCUGAGAGGACACAUAUGAAGAGUGUAGCUUGCAGCCUCAGCCCGGCCCUCCGCGCUGUGUGGUCUCCGUGCUCCGUGUCCCUAGCACAUGGACUCCUGAAUGUUUUCUUUUGCUUCUCUUUCUUUCGUACCUGUCACACGGUCCCCCGAAAGACCGCCCCCCCCCCCCACUCCCCAAUGCUGUGUGUAAUGCGUGUGAGUCCACGUCCACGGCGAUUUCCUCGCUGUUACCCUCCACGUCUGGGGCGGACCCGCCUCCUGCCGGCCAGGGCCCGGGAUGGGGACUUCCAUUUACUCGGCCCAAUGUCACGUGGCUUUUGGUGACACGGCCAGCAGAGCCCCACCUCCCCACGGGAGAACACACACAUGUGGCCCCUCAGGGCACAGGUUGCGACACUGUCCGAUCGGCGGUCAGCAGGGCCCGGGCAGAGGCCUGCGGGUCCCGCUGAGAGGUGUGGCCGUCAUCGGGGCUGAGUGGGCCCGGCCCCGGUCACCGUGUUGGUGAAGUGCCUCGAGAGGCCUGUGGACACCAGCCAGGCGUCGCCCAUGUCUGUCCCCGGCGUCCCGUGGAGCCGCAUCCCCGUGUGUCCUGGCCGUCCCGCCCG